UAUUCACGAUCGGCCGUCCGCGUAGUCGCACAACGGCAGUCGUACACGUCCAACGUUCGUCCCGCACGUACAACACGCGCGCCAUCGCGGUGUCUCUGUUUUUGUCAAGUCUCGCGCGCGUGUGUUUCCUCACGGCCGAGUGUUUUUCGCCGCGCCACACACAUGACACCGUUUGUCCGUGCGUUGAUCGCGUGUUCGUCGUCGUCGUCGUCGCUGUAGUGUUAUUUAUUUUUUUUUUUUUUCACGUUUUACCUGCGUUCGUCGUAUAAUAUUAUAAUAACGAUAAUAAAAUAUAAAUUAUUCGCGUUUUAAUUUUUUUUCCGUUUUCGGUUUUUUUUUUUUUUCCAAAAGGAUUUUCGUGGUUUUUUCCGUGUGCUGUUCUCGCGCGGAUGACACCGCUGAUCUGACCAGGUCGCGCAGCUGCCGACAUCGCUCCGACACCGCCGCCGCUGCCGCACCACCACCGGUCCCGCGGGCGGAUAACACCGUCACGCGAGCUCGUCGCCCGCGAUCUUCACCGCUCACGGUAAAUACCCGUCGAUAAUUGACGAUAACUCGCAGUACCCGCAGUCGCGCCGUCGACCGCAAACGACUAACGCAACAGCAGCGAUUAAUAAAAUGCUAAUGGACGCCGAAAUAAAAAACUGUUCCGGCCUGUUGGCUGGCGGAGUGCACCACGCGUCCGCGCACAUGGGCCACACGUACGGCAACCUGAACCAGAUGGGCAUGUUGGCCGGCAUCGGUUCCGCGGGCGUCGUGCUGGGCGGGCCGCAGGGCGGCGGACAGCAGCCGCUCUCGUCGCCGCCGCCGUCGCAACAGCAACAGCAACAGUCCGCGCUGCACCAACAGCAGCAGCAGCAGCAGCAGCAACAGCAACAGCAGCAACAGCAGCAACAACAGCAGCAACAGCACCAUCAACACAUGCAGCAAGCCGCGGCGCACCACCAUCAUCAGGUGAGCGGACACGUAGUCGGCGGCCAGCUGCAGUUGCCGUCGCCCAACAACAACAACUCGUCGUCGGCCAACAAGAACCAGAACGUGGACCGCGUCAAGCGGCCGAUGAACGCGUUCAUGGUGUGGUCCCGGGGACAGCGCCGCAAGAUGGCCCAGGAAAACCCGAAGAUGCACAACUCGGAGAUCAGCAAGCGGCUGGGCAGCGAGUGGAAGAUGCUGACCGAGACGGAGAAACGGCCGUUCAUCGACGAGGCCAAGCGGUUGCGGGCCGUGCACAUGAAGGAACAUCCGGACUACAAGUACCGGCCCAGGCGCAAGACAAAGACACUGAUGAAGAAGGAAAAGUAUCCGCUGCCCGGCGGCGGCGGACCGUUGUCCCUCGGCGGUGCCGGCGGACAGCCGUGCGACAACUCGGUGGGCGGCCGGAACGCCGUCUCGCAGGCGUCGGCCGCGGUCCAGCAGCAGAUGGUCAGCAACAGCCGGGAGCUGUACCACCAGAUGAACGGUUACAUGCCCAACGGCGGGUUCGGCAUGCACCACGACCCGAACCCGUACGCGCAACAGCCGUCGCCGUACGCGUCGCACAUGGCCGCCGCGUCGCAGGCCGCCGCCGCCAGUUACCGGUACGACAUGCCGCAGAUGAACAACAACGCGGCCGCGGCCGCGUCCAUGCACUACUUGAACGGCAGCUACAACCUGUACUCGGACAUGAACCAGUACCAGCAGGGGCCGCCGUCCACGUCGCACAGCCCGGACAGCAUCAAGUCCGAGAGGAUCUCGCCGCCCGUCCAGUCGGGCGGACACUCGCCCAGCCCCAGGCUGUGCCAGCAACAGCAGUUGCACCAGCAACAGCAGCAGCAGCAGCAGCAGCAACAGCAGCAGCUGGGCGGCAACGAUCUGCUCCGCAUGUACAUGCCGCUCGAGUCCCGGCUGUCCGCCGCCGCCCAGGGACACCAACAGCCCGGCGUGCACGGCCACCCGUAUCUGUCGCACGGCCAGCAGCAGAACCUCGUGCAGCAGACUCACCCACACUCCAUGUCGCCCGAUCUCCAGAUGGGCCACUUGGGCCAUCACAUGUAAACGACUUCGGUCCGCCAGCCUGUCUGCCUGCCGGCCAGCCAGCCAGACGACCGACAAGUCGCAGCCGUCGCCGCCGCAACUUCCUCCUCAUCGCCGUCGACACCGUUCUCAUCUCAACGUCCGCGAGCGCCACCAAAGGACAGCGCCGCGCACUACGCGUGUCAUGUAAGCCAUACUUAAAAAAAAACAAAAAAAAAAAAUUUAAAAAAAAUUACUAAAACUUAUUAUAUAAUAUACAUUAGAACGGCGCGAACGGCGGGCAAACGAUUCGGUCUUGUCCCGUGAUCUUUGCUCGCCGUUGGGAUAUAUUUUUUUUUUUAAUAACAUUGUCAUAUUAUUAUAACGAUUAACUAAACGUUUUACGUUUUAUACUUGCACGAGCCGCGAGUAGUAGACAUUUCUAUGAUGACGAUUAUUGUUUUUUCCUGUUUCAUUAUAUAUUUUUUUUUUUUUUUAUUAUUAUUAUUUAUAAUUUUGAUUAUUUUUCAAAUUUGUUUUUGAAAAACAUUAACCGCGUGUCGGCCGCGUAAACCAUUUGCUUAUUAUAAAAAAUAUAAUGUUCACAAAAUUUGUAACGAAAUAAACACGUCCUUUUUCCGUUAAACGUAAAAAAAUCAUGUUAAACACGAAUAACAUUUUCGUCUAUUCUCCCGUGUAAUAAUUGAUAAUAUUAAUCUAUUAUUAUUUUUAUGUGCGACUACAUGUCGAAAAUCGACGUGCAUAAUUCAAUAUCAUAUUAUAAUAUGUAUUGCGAUACUAUAAUAUUAGGCGUGAUUCCUCCUAUCCAUUAAUCGUCGCGGGUACAGUUUUAAUUCGAACGCACAAAAAACGACUCUUUUAUGUAUCUAUACAUUUGCUUUGUACAUAAAAGUGUAUUUUUUUGCUUAACGAAAAAAAGAGAUUAAAUUAAACUACCCCCGAACCUUUCCCCAGUCGCGCGCACGCCUUUAACAAUUAAUAUUUUACAUUAAGUAUAAUAUACAUUACUAUAAUAAUACACAUACUUGUGUGAAAAAUGCGCGCAAAUGAACAAUAAUAAUAUCUAUAUACGUUGUUAAGUGUUUCGGUCGAGUCUACGGCGCGGAGCCGUCAGAGAUUGUGCCAUAAAAUUAAAAUCGAAAAUAAAAUUGUAGAAUAAAAAACGCACACACACGCCCAAACACCCGACAAUUUGCAAAUCGAAAAAGACGUUCGCCUCUUCUGCAAAUCGAAAUCCGUCCUAACCGUCGACCAUCAUCCUUAUUCUCAUCACGACAUUGCCGUACAUUGAAUUUCAUGAACCGAUCGCACACCAACAAUAAUAAAUUUCCGAAAACAAAAAACCCACCUUGGACUGCACCAGUCAAUAUAGUUCAUACAUUGUAUAUUAGCUUACCACCCAUGCCACUUGUCGACAUUAAUAUUGUAAGAUUAUAGUACGAUAAUAUCAUCGACGGUCAAAACACACACGCACGCACACCAUUAAGCGCGUAAUCCAGUAAAACAAACGAAAUAAAAAAAAUAAAUAAAUAAAACACCAUAAUAAGAGGAAUAAAAAACUGGUUACCCGUCUCCCUUUCCUCUGCAGGUCGACGCCGCCACAGCCGACGCCCGGGGAGAGAGAGACGCAUAAUGAGUGUGUGUGUAUAUUAUAUAUUAUAUACGUGUAAUAUAUUGUAUUCAAUUAGUGAUGUGUUUUAUUAUAUUUUUUUCCGUCGUUUUUUUCCCCGAUUUUCAAACAAGAUCGUUAGACGGGGCGUGGAAGGUGUGUCUUGCACGCACGCACAAAACAAACCGCCUUAAACCGCUUCGAUUUGAUGUCAAACACGGUCGCCGCCGAACGCGAUUGUUAACCCGUAUAAGUGAUGGGUAUCGUCGUGUAGUAUCACCUGUUCACCGGGCAUUAUCGUUUUCGACGACAUUUCCCAAGACAAAAGACACGCUGCGAAUUCACGCUACGGCCGUAUCGUCGGCAUCGAAUUUGUUUUUCGCUUCUCCAUCACAUUUCGCGUGUAUUAUUACUACUGCUGAAAUGUGAUCGAGACGCUAAAAAUAAACUUGUCGCGUUUUCUGUAGUGAGUUCAAUAAUCAGCGAUCGCUUUCUCGUGCGUGCGUUACGAUCGUCCGUUUCGUGUUAUUUUCGUUUCCGAUAAAAUUAUUGCAGCAGUAAUUCCCGACCGGAUCAGCAGGUCUCCCGCUCGUCCAUCGAGACGCCUCUAUAUAUCAUAUAUUACGUGCAUUGCAAGUGUUCCCAAUAUUAUCGCCAAGAUUUCCGUUAACCGUACGGCGACAAUACUUAAACCCAUACCUAUUUUAUCUGUGCGACGACGGCCGCCGCGACCGUGAAUUUUUCCCUACACACCGUUUAAACGAGUACAGCUGUACUACCCGCCGUGCAUAGUAUUGUCGAUAAUAAAAACCACCGUAACCCCCUUACAAUAAUGACAACAUUAAUAGUUUCGAUAGAGCACAUCAUAAUAUUAUAUACGUUAGAUGACGACUCUCCGCCGCCUAGGAGAAUAUCCAAUAAACCGUGCACGCGUUUCGAAUUUUUUCCGUUUCCCUCUAUUUUUACCAUUACUGUUGUUAUUAGGUAUAUAUAGUUUUUAAAUUGUCGACGAUUUUCGGUUAUCUCCGCAGCGCUUAUCGACGAUAAUGUUCGCUUCAAACUCCGUACACGGUUAUUUUAUCACGUACCCAUAUAAUACUGCACACAUGAUAUUAUAUUUAUAUACGACAUUAACGCGGUACUAGCGAUUUUACGCGACGCGCCUCUCCCGCCGUACUAAAAUCGCUUUUACCACAUUAUAAAAAUAUAUACAUAUAAUGUGUCAGUUGCUGUAGUAAUAUUAUAACGUUGUUUUUAAUCCGAUAUUAUUGUCGAUAUGCUCAGGUAUUGAUGUACGCUUUUUAAAAGUACUCGCCGCACUGCGACCUGCACGUCCUCGGUGGUUCUCUCCAAAAUCGCCUGUCACGAGCCGAAAUUGUUAUUAUUAAUUUUUGUUUUUCUGUUUUUCCGAUUUAUAUAACAUUAUUAUGAUUCCGUCUUACCCGUUGGUUUUUUCUUUUUUUUACUUUUUAUGUUCCCGCACUGAACGCGUAAACGUUAAGUAUAUCGUCAUUCUCGUAAUAGGAUAACGAUAUACUUUAAGUCCACGGUACAGUCAAUUGUGCGAUAUUAUGCUCGUUGCGAUCAUUCACUCGCGCGGGCUGAUAUCUCGUAAUUGGGCGCAGAGAACGGAAAAAGAAAAAAAAAUUCAAAACAAACACACAAAAUAACCUAACAAUACCUGUGGUAAUACCUGACGCAAAAUUAUGACGUGCGAUCGAUCGAACUCCAUCUUAAUAUUAUAACGCGGUCUUGCGGUUUAUUUGUGAUUUUUUUUUUUUUUUUUUUGAUAAUAUUAUCGCGUCCACGGCGUGUAUAAUGCCGAUGUUUAUAUUAUUUUUUUCAAUAGUAGUGUUUCUAUUAUGUUCACAAUAAUUUAGUGUGUUUUAUGAUUAUUUUUACUUGAAUGUCAUUCGUUCAUACAUUAUACUCUUUGGCUGUGAGUCGUGACGUUUCCUCUCUUUUUGAUUUCCUGAUCAACAAUCCCUGACUAAAUAUAACAACCGUAUGUGUGUGUGAUUUUUUUUUUAAAUAUUUUAAUGUGUAUAUUUAAAUUUUUCCUUCUAUACACACCGAUGAACCCCAAUUACAUAAUAAUAUGUUUCUUGCCAUUUACGACGAACCGAGUUGUUUUUGUGCCAUUGUUUCCCAAUUUUAAUUAAUAUUUUUAAAUAUAUAUUUAAAUGCGUAAUUAUGAUAUAUGAAUAUCAUAAAAACAAAUACAAAAUCGAAUAAAAUAAUAAUAAUUUGUAUAAAACUAUAUAUAUGUAAAUAUUGUUGUAUCGUGAUUAAGUGAUUCUGGAGAUGAAAAAUGAAUAUUAAAUAGGGUAUAUAUUUUUAAGGAACAAUAUAUAAAAUAUUAUAUAUAUAAAAAGAUAACAACUGAUAAUUUCUCCAAAACGAUAAAAUACAUUUUUAAAAAAUAUGCAACAAGCUAUUAGAAGUUAUUAUUUCAUCUUAAAUAUAUUAUUUUAAGUUAAUUAUACAAAUUACAGUGACCCGAACACAUUUCGCGUUAUUUUUAUGAUUAUUUUUAUGAUUAUGAUUAUUAUUAUUAUUACUAUUAUUAUUAUAAUUUUUUCGUUGUUGAUGAAAACACCUAUAAAUAUAAUACUAUAAAUUUAGACCUACGACCGUGCCGGCUGGAGAACCUAUUGUUUUCCCGUUGUGCAUGCGAAUUCGAUAACAUUGAAUCCGACACGGAUGCAGUGCUAUGAUAAUAUUAUUAUUAUUGUAUUAUUUUCUGUAGUGUUUUUAAGGUUUACAGCUCAAAAAAAAAAAGAUCAUAUUAUAUUAAUUGUAAGCCCGAAUCAAUUUUUUUUUUCAUCAACUUUUUUUAUUAAUAUAUUAUUAUCUUUUUAUUAUUAUUAUUAUUAUUAUUAUGGAUAUUAUUAUUAUUAUUAUCAUCAUUAUUAUUAUAUUAUUAUUACUAUUAUAAUUAUUACAAUUAUUAUUAUUAUUUUUACAUUUUGUAAAUAAUUUACUAUAAAACAAUUUGAAAAAAUUUGUAUAUAAAAUUGUAAUAAUAUAACAAAAAUAAGUAAUGUUGUACUUGUUCUGUUGUCUUUAGACUUAAAUUUCUGUACCAAGUCUGAUAUAGCGUUUGGUCUGUAUUAUUUAUUAGUAAUAUAUAUUGAUAAUGUAUUAUUGAA